AUGCAUGAAGUAGUAACGAUAUCGGUUUCGCAGAGAGCAAACCAUUUGACUACUCAAUUCUUCAAUAUACAAGAGGGCUAUUUACAAUUGUCUAAAGAACAACAAGUCAAUGACUCCAAAAUUUUUCUGAAUUCGGUUGUAGAUAAAGUUUCAAAAACAAUUUCAUAUGCACCACGUGCCUUACUUUGGGAUGCCCGUACAGGUAAUGGUUCACUAGGAACAUAUCAAUAUUCAGAAAGCCAAGACUAUCAUUUCGGCAAUGAAGACAAAUUCAAGGAGCAAACAGUUAUAAAGACUCAUCCAAGAAUACCUAAAUCCGAAUAUCAGAGUUCUCUAGAUGCAGGAGCACCGCUGCCUUGUUUGAACAGAGAAAAUACGAUGUAUUGGUCUGACUAUUCUAAACUUAUCUAUGGUCCUUCAAGUUUCAAUAUUUUGAGAAAUUGGUACCAUGACACUGAAAAUCCAAACCAACCUGACUUUCAAAACUUGGGGGAGCGAAAGUUUGACAGGUAUUCCAUUGGUUAUGACGAAUUUACCGAAAAUUACUUGCAAGAGUUUUUUGAUGGAAAUUUGCAUAGAGAAUUGGAAAAAUGUGACACCCUGCAAGGCUUCAAUCUUGUAAGUGAUAUGGAGAGUGGAUGGGGCGGGUUUUCUAGUGCUCUACUGGUGGAAUUAAGGAAUGAAUUACCUAAAAAGGCGGUCUUUUCAUGGGGACACAAUGAAGAUGAUCCAUUCACAGAUGACUUCCCUAUGAAAAGACUUUCAAAGAAAUGGCUCCCGAUCAUUUCGAACAAAUUAAGAAGCACAAUAAAUAUGAUGCAAGAAUCCGAUCUUUACUUCCCAUUGUAUGCUGCUCCUGGACUAACUAAUUGGGAAACUGCUGGAAAGAGCUGUAGGAUAUUUGAUUCUAUAAAUGCGACAAUUUCCCAAAGCAAUCUUGAACAAAGAAAGACAAUGGAUUAUCUAACAACUGCCAUUACCUUAGGAUAUUCGUCGCGAAAUAUGGUCACUGGCAUGGUUAUCGGUGACACCGAUUACUCAUUCUGUUCUCGAGUACUUCCUUUCAAGAAUAGCCACAAACCAAAUUCUACUCACAUAUUUUCAAAAAGUUUCAUUGAUAGAGGAAAUCAAACGCAUAAACAUCAUUCCGAACCUGAUUCACGGAGUAAGAUGAUUGAAAUGUAUACACACAGGUAUUUUCCAUCUGAUACGAUACCGACAGAAUUUUCCAAUGAUCGUGAAUUUGUUUUGGAAUUAGAAUCAUCUGAAAAAAAUCGAGAUAUAUUCAAACAUUGGAAUGAGUUUGUGGUAAGGUACUUCAAAAAUGAUAGUGACAGAGAAGAAUUGAAAAAUGAACUUUCCGAUUACGCCUCAGCGUACGAAUCUGGGUGGUAUGAAGACGAAGAUUCUGGUGAUGACGAUAUGUGA